GUUUGUUGUAGUAUAUUUAAGCAAACGUUGGUGGAAUUAACAAAGUACGAAAUUUUAAUGAAUAACAAUAUACAAAUGGACGGAGUGAUUAGCUAGCACUCAAAGUCCAAUUGUCAAUCCAUAUGGAUAUUGACGAGAUGAUGGGUAACAAAUUGUGAAUGCACGUACGAUAUGUACUACUCAUACAUAUAGUAUCUAACCCGUAUUUGAAAAGACUGAAACCGAUUUGACGUAUGCAAUUACAAGAGGAAGGGAAAUAAAACAGAGAAUUAGAAUCAGAGCGAAGCUGAAACUUUUGAAGGAUUCGAUAGCAACAAGCAAAAUGGAGAUUCCCAUAUCAAAUAUAUUGUUGCUCUGUCUAAUAUUCCUGCUAAUCGGUGGCGUAGUUAUGAUAUUACUGCAGUAUUUGCUCUUUAUCAAAUUCUCAAAUCUACCCGAUGAAAGCGAGGAACAGAAACAAAUGAGCGCUAUGUAUACAUUACCCACGAAUAUAAAGCAAACGGCACGAAAUCUAAACACUGGCCAAAACGAUGGCACCAACUACGAAGUUCAUCACAAUAAUGUGCAAAACUCAUCCACGUUGGGUUCCUUCAAUUUCGUUAUGCAGUUCCUGUUUCACGAAUUCAAAAACUCAAAUCGUGUACGCAAAUGGUUUUAUCGCAAGCUCACUAUUGAGCUAGAUGAGCUAAUUACUAAAACAACUACUGGAAAAUUACUGGACAAAUUAACGAUCAGGGAACUUGAGUUGGGCGACCAGUUUCCAGACAUUAAAUCUCUAUCGGUGCAUAAUGUGCAACUCGAUGAGGCAGAACAGCGCAUCGAAAAUUUAGACUUGUUAAUGGAUAUUAACUACAUAGGGAAUUUCUCUACUUCCAUCGAUGCGGACAUGGUGCUGGGAAAGAAAGGUUCCAUUAUGCUUAAAGUGAAACAGCUAUCUGGCUUGGUCCGUCUACAGUUCACACGCAAACCGUACACGCACUGGUCGCUUAGCUUUUUGGGCGAUCCGGAACUCAAUUUGGUGGUUGAAUCCAAGUAUCAAGGGCGGCAAAUGCAAUCAAAUAUUACGAACCUCAUAUCGAAUCAAAUACGCAAAGCAGUCCGACGAAAACACACGCUGCCCAACUACAAACUGCGCUACAAACCCUUCUUCCACUGGACAGCCGAGACGCCGGACGAGGCGGGCGGGGAGUGCGACAUACAGCCAAACGGUGGACUCACAGUGCGUGUGGCCGAGCUGUCACGAUUGAUGGCCUGCCCCGGCACCAGUCACAUCUAUUGCACCAUUACGCUUGCGCCGGUUCCAUUCAUUGAGGCACAACAAAAGGAUAAUCGCAAUGUGCUCAUCUCACUGGAUGUUAUCAUACACAAGGCGAAGAAUCAGCAAAUCGGCAUUGUGUUCAAGCAGAGCACCAGUCAGGUGGUGAAAAUCGAAUCGAUACUGCCCAACACACCGGCCUGCAAAUCGAAUCUAUUGUCGGGCGAUAUUCUUGUUGCGAUUGAGGGCAAACAGGUGACGACGAUUCAGCAAAUCGCCAAGGUGGUCAAAAAUCUGCAGUCGACGGUCUGUUGCCUGCGCAUCGAACGCAUUAUUCCGGGCAUCAUACGCAACGAUGCCAUAUUGGAGGAUCUGGAGAAAUACGAUGAUCUAUGCGAUAUUCCAGCCACAGUUUCUGCUGCAGCGAAAUCGGAUGCUGACGAUGCAACUGAGAUCAACACCAAACUUUUGGCAGUGCAAAAAAGUCGCAACUCGAGCGAGUCGAGUCUAAGUGCAACGCCCACGAAUUCACCUAAAAAAUCAAAUAUUAUUGCCAAGGCCAUCAAGAAGACGAUGAGCCGUGAAAGCGGCGAUGCACAUAAAUCAGAUGAGACGCCUUCAAAGUCCGCUGCCACUUUAACAGCUGAUGACAAGUCAACAGUCACAGGCACAGCGGCUGGUGAAAAGUCGCUAGAUGAUGUCAACUAUUUCUAUCAACACUCGACGAUCGACUGUCCGUUCAGUCCGCUCAUUCACAUGGGCGAUUUGUCCAACUUUCAGCUGGAUGCCAACAGUCGGUAUAUCAAUGUAUGCGUCUUUGGCAAGUGUGCGGGCGAGAGUGUGCUGCUCGGCUACAAUAACAUACAGAUUGGUCAGAUAUUGGUCGAGUGCUGUGAAACAACGCUAAGUCAAUGUCUCAAACAAAUAAUUCUGAAUCCGGCCAAUCUAUUGCCUGUUAAAUCACAUCCAUUGUCGAAUCAGUCUGGCUUCAAUCCGAAUCUUUGCUUUGGCGAUAUUCUAUUCGGUUUUUCGUGGAAUGGCAGUCCAAAUAGUGAGAGCACAUCAAAAACUCCUGGCAAGAGUUUGUCUCCUGUUAGAAGUCAAUCAACUACCAGUGAUAAAAACACCGAAGAUGGAAAUGCAGAGGCGGCAGCUGCAAAGUCCACGUAUUCAGAUGGCGCUGCAACAGCGGCGACAACGACAAAAGCCCACAAUUUUAUACGCACCCAUUUCCACCGUGCCACACAGUGUGAUUUCUGUGGCAAGAAGAUCUGGCUAAAGGAUGCGAUGCAGUGCAAAGAUUGCACCAUGUGCUGUCACAAAAAAUGCAUUGCCAAAUGUCAAAACGCCACCGUCUGCGGCCCCGUCGAGUGCUAUGCACCCCCAACUACAACCCAGACAACAGUUGUCAAUAAGCCCGAGUUUACAAUUACCCAAGCCGAGUACAUCGACCUCGUGGAGCCAAAAAGUUCGAGUGGUGCCAUGCAACCCGAUGAGGCGAGUUUCGAUGGCGGCAUUGAGCCAACGCAGCAGGGCAAUCUCGAUGUGCACCGAGCGAGUCUAACUGAAAUGCUUGCCCAGGGCAUCAAGCGACAGGCAAGCAAUCUGGAUAUACCCGGCAUAGUGUCAUCAUUAUCCGGCAACAAUUCGCCAAUUAACUCCAAGAGUCUACCUCCGAGUCCGCAGCAGUCGCUAUCGCGAAAGACGUCAAUGUCCGAAGAAGCAUUAAAGCAACAACUUCCAAAUCAAAAUCCUUUUGUGCGCGUUACACAGCAUUUAGAGGCUUUGCCAUUGGAGUGUGCAACAUUCAGUUUCGAACAAGUUGUGCUCAUCACUGAGCCCAUUGUCAAGCAUUCUCGUAACGAGGAUCUCAUGAAUCUGGCCAAAAGUUACAGCAAGGAUCUCUAUACGGAAAUUCCACCCAAUGAGCGUGUGGCCAAAAUUAAUGAACUGCUGACGAAACUGAAGAUUGCAUUGGAUGCCGAAACUGAGGGUUACACAACGCCUCAAACUGAUGGCCAAAAGUUGAAGUUGAAGUCAGACUCGCCAUGGAAAGCAAUGGCUAGCACAAAGAAUCAGUCAGAGGAGCGGGUUCAGGCACUAAGCAUUAUAAUGCUCUAUUUGUGCACAGGGCUGCAGCAUGCCCAGGGCGUGGUAACGCAGUAGAGAAGAAGAAGAAGCGAAGCAUAUUAAAUGAAUGAAUCCAGUUUUAUAUACUUACAUUUGACUCGACUGUAAAUGUGUGUUAGUGAGUAACCUAAGGGCAUUUUUAAUCCGUGUUGUGUUACGAAAAUAAUCCCAAUCGUUUAGACCGUUUGUUUGUCAAAAAAAAAAAAAAAAAAAUAGUAUGUCUAUAUAUGUAAUUAUUUCUAAUCGCAAAAUUUGUCGAAUUACAAAAUCAUUGAUAUAUCAUAGACGUAGACUUUGAACAGCAAAAAUUCAAAAUAAAAUACUAAAAGCAAAAGCCACAUAUUUUGAGUCCUCCCGACUAGACUAUACCGGGUAGGUAUGUUUUUAUUGUAUUUUAGAGUUGCCCAAACAUUACUGUAAAAACGAAACUUAAAAUAAAAUAUAUAUAAAUCGUAUUGUAGUGAAGUGGGUAAAAAUAUUUGUUUUACCUACUUCAAACUCUUUUCAAUUAACGAACUAUAAAAGUUGCAGUUCUAUACAUCCAAAGAUCUCAAUCAGAAUUUUCUUCUCUUUUCCUGAUAUAACAAUGUAUAAUUAUUAAUUUGGGUGUAAGAUCGGGUGUAAGAUUGGUUCGACAUGCAGCAGAGCUUUAAUUGCAUUUCAAAAAGAAGUAUCUCAAAGAAUUCCCAUCUCUUUAUCUGAUAUAACAAUGUAUAAUUAUUGAUAUGGGUGUAAGAAAAAACGUAAUAACCAUUUGAUCAAUCGAAAGAGAUUGGUUCGUCAUGCAGCAAAGCUUUAAUUGCAUGACAUUCUAAUGAAAGCUUUAUUGGUUCACUUUUAAAAUCAAAUCAAAAUAGAAAGCUUUUAAAAGUUAAUUUAAGAACUUUCUGCGUAAUGCAUUGAAAGAAGCAAAGCUGCGUUAUUACGCAUACAUCGAUAUGCGUUGUACACAAAUCGUAAUUUUCACGGUCUGCUUUGUUGUGACGAGGACGUCCUCGUCUUUAAAUACCCAAACACUUUCCAUCAAUUACAUUAUGUACAUUGUAUGUCUGUUUUUCAUUAAUUUUUCUCAGAAAUUAAUUACUUAUAUGCUAUAUAUUCAGAUUCACUUGCAUAUAUUCUGCAAGUGUGCGGAAAAUAUUUACAAAUAGUUCCGGUAUCUGAACAACGCCAUAUUUCAGAUGCGCAAUAGUCGGAUCUGCUUCUACACAUAUAUAUAGUAGUAGUAUCUGCAUUGUGUAUCUGUGUGUGUGAGUUUGUAUAAGCACAAUUUUUUAUUUUGUAUAUUUUGAGCUUGUACGCAUUACAUUCUACUCAUUUAACGAUAUGCUCUCUCUCUCUCUCUUUCUGUGUCUCUCUCACUUUCAAAGUGAUGAACUUUUACACUUUUCCGUGGUCAGAACUGAGCGGGCCAAGAGAAAGAGUGUUUAUAACAGAGGCUAUUGCUCUUAUGAUGACAAGACGUUUUUGUAGAAUGCAACAAUACCCUUUUCAUGAUUUCAUUCUAUUCUUAUAUCAUUAUCUUUGCAACAUGUGUAUAUAAUCAAAAACAUUUAACCAUUUAAGUUAAUCCAAAAAUUGUUAGUGUCUUAAGUCUACGUUUCAAAAGUAUUCACAAAAUAUAUAAAAUUGUUAUUCGUUAUAAUAAUGAAUGAUCAUAUAUAUUUAAUUAAUCUUGAUUUCUUA